AUGGUGCCUAUUUUGCUGUUGCUGCUGCUUCCUCUGCGGACACCUGCCUCCGAAUUAUACUUCUCGCAGUCCGAUCUGACUGUCAGGAUUCCGUACAAUCAGCGGAAUCAUGGAACCUCGUCGUGGAACCUGAAGCUGCUCGAACUUCGAACACUUCGAAAUAACAGAACGGAACCGAAGAACGUCGAAUACAGCGUCACUGUGCCUCGCGACGAUACCGUUUCGAUAGAUUCCGAAACGAACAGUCUUCUGCUGCUGCGUCGACCGCCGAAGAGAGUCGAAUCUGGAUAUUACACGAUCGUGGUCCUGGCGAAGGAGAACCCGGCCGGCAACGAAGCCGUGUUGGAGGUCAAAGUUCAUCCUAUCCUCGUCGACGAGCGAAUCAAUUGCACCGACUACGUUCAGGACAUGUGCUUCUGGAACGCGUCGAGGUACAAAAUUUACGAGAAUCAACCGAGCACGAUGAUCGGUACCUUCGGACCCGACGUUUACAGCGACGUUUGUCCCAGCUUUCGCGUCACCGGCUACAAGCUGCUAAACGGUACGGAAUACUUUUACGUGGCGAAGAACGCGUUGUACGCGAACAAGUCCCUGGACAGGGACACGUUGGGCCCGCCUCCGAGUGGUCCUGGACCCCGUAUUAAAAUUCAAGUUCAGUGCGUCGUCUGGGAGGAAACCACUGGUAUACAGUACGCACCGAUCAAACAUCUGGACGUGGAUAUUCUGGAUCAGGACGACAACGUUCCCAUCGCUCAGGGGAACGAUUCCGUCGUGAUAACACUUGGAGAUUUCACCGUGGGCGACAAACUAGUGGACGAUAACAGUUUAAUACUGACGGACGCGGACGCGGAAGGCAGCAAUCGGUAUGUCGUUCACAUUUUGGGAGACACGCACAACGCCCUGAACAUCACCUACAACACUCUACAGAUCGAAGCUUCAAAAGGCGUCCCCUAUACCGCGAUACUUCCCAAGAUUUUCGCGAAAACCACCCUUCUACCAAAAUCUCCGUAUCGCGUGACGAUUCAAGUACAGGACGUGUAUCUACUUCCGGAAUACGGAGAAAACACGAUGAACAUCACGCUAACCUUCUACGGACCGGAGCAUCGAACGACCACGACGACCGUGCCUUCGGUGCCGAGCAGACAACAGAUUUCCUAUCCUUCGAGCGUGAAAGUUGCUCGAGUUGCUACUCGUUACUCGCGAGUGGCGAAACCCUCGAACGAACCGCAUCCCUCUCUGAGGUUUAGCAUACAGGGCUCGGCUGCGUUCGCCGUCACACAGAAAGGAGGUAUUAUCUACGUGGCGGAUGAACAACUCCUCGACACAGAGCCGAACAAUUUGGUGCUCAGGAUCAAAUGGAGCGGAAAGGAUCGCGCCGUCGUCUCCUCGAAAGCCAUACGAAUCAACUUGGCGGCCGUGUCUGCUUCGAAACUCGACACGUGCAAUCGCACCCAGUCCGAGCAGGAGAACGAACGUUUGCACUCCUGUGCGAACGCUGAAACGCCGGAGGUUUGCGAAUCGAGCUGCGGCGUGGCCAGCGGGCUCUUCAGCAAAGGCAGCUUCUCGGGGCAAUGCGUGUGGCGAUGGAACAAACGUUCCAACGAAGCUGCGGUCAUGUCGGAUCAUUACCCAACCUGUUCUCCUGACUUGACUCACUGUCCCGACAACCGAUGCGACGAACUCGAAGAGCUGGAUCCCCGUAUAUGCCCGCAAGAUUGCAUCUUGGGAACUUGCGCGUGCGACGAUAUGCUGCAGUGUACCUGCAACGUCGACCGUUUGCCGUCGCGGAACGAUAACUCGGGUCGAGGCAAUAAAGACGGACGUGACGACGGUAAAUCAAGAGAUCGAGAGAACGAGGUUCUUGUAUCUGACGCUCGAAAAGCAUCCGGCGGACCCUGCGGCCCCUUUUGCAUGAUAGGAGCGAUCGGUGGUAGUUUCUUCGUGCUGAUCGCGAUCGUUGGCUCCUUCGUCACGUCGAGAUACAGAAUGGCCGCGAAGGGAGCUCGUCGAGACGGCAAGCGAAGAACAGCGAAUGGCGACGCGAACGGAAUUGGUAUACUGCCUUCCGAUUACAUAGAUCGAGGAGACGGACUGCUGAUCGGAUUGGACACCUUCACCGCGGCGAACCGGCACCUCUUACUUCCGAAAAGCUGCCCGCCGGAUCCAAAAUGGGAAUUUCCACGGUCGCGACUAACGAUCGAACAAGUGCUGGGCGAAGGGGAGUUUGGACGCGUUUUGCGGGCCAAAGCGAUCGACAUCGGCGGAGGAACAGGUCCGAUGACCGUCGCGGUGAAGACGUUGAAGGAGAACGCUUGCGCUUCGGAGCUUGCAGACUUGCUCUCGGAAUAUCAACUUUUGAAGGAAGCGCAGCACCCGAACGUGAUUAGAUUGUUGGGUGCAUGCACCACUCCCGGAGCGCCAGUCUACCUCAUUAUCGAGUUCGCGGAAUUUGGUUCUUUGCGGAACUACUUGAGACGUAGCAGACAUUUGGAAUCAGACGGAAGAAACGGUGGAGGUUGCUUGUCGUUGUCCAACGCCGACGAACAGUCGCGAGUCGCGGACGUAUCAUCGACGUACACGGUUACGCCACGCGACAUCCUCUCAUUCGCAUGGCAAAUAAGCAAAGGGAUGGCCUAUCUUGCCGACAUCAAGCUAGUUCACAGGGAUCUCGCCGCCAGAAACGUGCUACUCGCAACAGGAAAGGUUUGCAAGAUCUCCGAUUUCGGUCUUACGCGAGACGUGUACGAGGACGACGCGUAUUUAAAGCGCAGUAAAGGACGAGUUCCCGUGAAAUGGAUGGCACCCGAAUCCCUGGCCGAUCAUGUGUACACCAGCAAGUCGGAUGUUUGGAGUUUCGGUGUACUUCUCUGGGAAUUGGUGACAUUAGGUGCUUCCCCUUAUCCGGGCGUCGACGUGCACAAUCUGUACAAUCUGCUUAAAGCCGGAUACCGUAUGGAAAGGCCGGCGAAUUGUUCGCCGCAAUUGUAUAAAUUGAUGGUGUCGUGUUGGCAUCAGGAACCAGGAUCGAGGCCUUCUUUCAGAGAGCUCACCAGUCACUGGGAGAAGAUGUUGGAGGACAGCGUCGAAUACUUGGAUUUGAAUCCGAGAACUGUCGACAACCGGUCUUACUUCGCUUCCCUUCACGCGUUAGACAGUCCAAGCAGUUCCGGCAACGACGAACCCGACGACACCGAAGAAAAAACAACGACUUUCGCGAACAGUGUCGUCAACUACCUCGAGAAACCGUCUUCCGACACGGUCACCAAAUGCGACAAAGUCGACAAGCUGCAUACACUUUGGCAGGAGCCUGUCACAUUUUUCCCCGUUACCGAACAACGGAGCAAGCCGAAGUACGUUAACGAUCAACGAUCGAACUCCCGUGUCAAUCACUACGAAAGCCCGAUCAAAUUCCGAAAUCCGAGUGUCACGAGCGACAGCGAGAACGAUUUGGCUACGCCGACCAACGAACGUCCGCAAUCCUACAUCGACAUGGAAGGCAAAAAAUGUUUGGAAACCGAAGAUCUCCUUGUAUUUACCAGUAUAAACGAUAACAACCGAGGCGAAGAUAAGUGAACGAUUCGAAGGUGAACAUUAACGAAUUCUAUGUUGCGAUAGAAAUGAAUCGAACGAUGACGCUAAAGA